AUGCCUUCAUCUGCUUCUGCUACUACUAUGCAAGAUGGUCCAAUUGUCAAAAGGCAAAAAUUGAAUGUUCUUGAUGCGCCGCAGAAAACUUUAAGAGAAUCACGAAUCUUUACCCCAUUUCGGACAAUUGGUCUAGUAUCUUCGACCUCUGUUCCCUUCACUUCGAUACCACUCGGCAAAACCACAUUCCAAAUCACAACCUCAGUAGGAAGAUGUUUACAGACAUACGACCUCAAAAGGGGACUCAACCUUGUCUUCCUCACUAGACCACAGACGCCAGCAGAUAUCACGGCUACAAUAGCAUGGAAAGACAAAGUCUUCGCAGCUUGGGGAGGUCAGGAAGGAGAUGGCCACCAGGGUCUUUGUGUAUUCAAGAGAGGAAAAAGGAUUGAGGAGAUAGCGCUCCCAGCAGACAUCAAGGAACCGAUACAACAACUGUUAGUCUUUGGCACUUGGAUAGUAGGAUGCUGUACGACCAGGAUAGAAGUCUGGAAGACCUCCACAUCCGAACAUUACACGACCUUGUAUACUACUGCCGCGCAGAAGGGUGGAAACGAACUUACUGGCGGAAUAUGCAAUAUGCCAACAUACUUGAACAAGAUAUUCGCGGGAAGAAAAGAUGGUGGAGUUGAGAUAUGGAAUGUUAGCUCUGGAAAACUGAUCUACACCCUUUUACCACCAGGUCCAAAUUGUGGAGCUGUGACUGCUCUGCAACCUGCGCCGGCCUUGUCCCUCCUUGCUAUUGCGUAUUCCGAAGGACCUCUAAUAAUCCACAACGUGCGAAUGGAUAAGACGAUCAUUCACCUCAACGGCGGUGCAUCCGAAUCCACUAUAACAUCCAUCUCUUUCCGGACAGACGACCUCGGAGCCGGGGAGGAUGGCAAAAAGCCCGGGGUAAUGGCAACGGCAGGGCCAGACAAUGGGGAUGUGACAUUCUGGGAUCUUAACGGCGGCGGUAGAGUCAUGGGGGUACUUCGAGGUGCUCACAAUCCCCCAUCUGAUUCCGGCGAGACGGUUAGCGGAGGAUUGAGCAAGGCUGAGUUUCUUUCUGGACAGCCUGUCAUAGUCACGAGUGGGCUGGAUAAUUCUUUGAAGUCUUGGAUCUUUGACGAAACGCCCUACUCUCCGAUUCCACGCAUCUUACACUCGCGCAACGGAGCAGAUGCAGGUGGAAAGUGGUUGUUAAGUGCUGGUAAGGAUCGAAGUUUAUGGGGAUGGAGUCUCCGAAAGGACGGACAAAGCACCGAAUUAAGUCAGGGAAAUAUACGAAAGAAGGCGAAAAAAAUGGGUAUACUAGCUCAGUCCACGUUAGCAAAUGAGCCUAGCACUACCCUUGAGGAUCUCAAAGCCCCAGAGAUUGUAUGUCUAGCAUCAUCAUUAAACCGCGACGGUGGAAUGGGCGCACACCCUGGAACCGGAGCAAUUUGGCAGAAGGCGAAUAUGCAAAAGAAGGGUACAGAUGCGACGGCAAGUGGAGUUACAGGGUGGGAAAGCGUCGUUACUGGUCACAAAGAUGACAGAUUUGCACGAACGUGGUUUUGGGGAAGAAAGAAGGCUGGACGAUGGGCAUUUGAAACUGGUGACGGUGGAAAUGUCCGAAGCGUUGCUAUCAGUCCAUGUGGCACAUUUGCCGUCGUUGGGUCGGAGACUGGAGGGCUUAAUAUGUUCAAUCUUCAGUCUGGGCUCCACCGACAACAGUACCCCUCGAAACUUACACCGGCACAGGCAAGAAAGCUAAAGAUUCAGCAACUACAAGCAGCCGAGAGUGGAAACCCAAUUUCUUCCAAGAUGGAAAAGACCUUUCAGUCUGGACUUGGUAAACACAGAAAGGCUGUUACGGGAGUGGUGGUUGAUUCUCUUAAUCGCAAUAUCAUCAGUUGCUCUCUUGAUGGCAAGAUCAAAUUCUGGGAAUUUGGAACUGGUAAUCUUGUUGAUGAGAUUGACUGGUUCCCAAUGGCAUCCAUUACCGCGAUGAGAUAUCAUGCACCAAAUGAUCUUAUUGCAGUUUCGUGCGAUGACUUAUCUAUUAGGAUUGUUGAUAUUGAGACCAAAAAGACCAUCAGAGAAUUAUGGGGAUGCCAGGGGGGAAUUAACGAUAUGUGCUUUUCUAAUGAUGGACGAUGGGUGAUUGCAGCGUCGACAGACUGCGUGGUCCGAGUAUGGGAUCUUCCAACUGGUCAUCUAAUCGAUGCGAUGCGAAUGGAAACCCAAUGUACUGCACUCGCGUUUUCUGGAACAGGCGAGUUCCUAGCCACAACAUGUGCAGGACAGGUAGGUGUUAAUCUUUGGAACAACAAAACUCUUUUCACCCAUGUCCCCACCCGACAUAUCUCCGAGGCGGAAAUCGCUUCGAUCACAGCACCAACUGUGUCUGGUGAAGGAGGCCAUAACGUCCUCGAUGGUGCAUUCCAAGAUGAUGACAAGAGUGCUGAGGAUGCUGCACCUGCUGUGUCACUAGAUCAACUAAGCAAGGAUAUGAUGACUCUAAGUGUGGUACCAAAGAGUCGAUGGCAAACUCUCAUUCACCUCGAUCUCAUCAAAGCCCGCAAUAAGCCUACAGAAGCACCAAAAUUGCCAGAAAAGGCACCUUUCUUCCUUCCAUCCAUUGACUCUGCGGCAGCUAUAUCAGCAAAAGAAGAACAGUUGACAGACAGCGCCGCGGAAAGAUCGCGAAUCAUGAAACUCGACCGUAUUGCAUCUGAACGCUCAUUUACAGUGACUCUCCGAUCUGGCGGCGAAUCGGGUGAAUAUACUGUAUUCAUAGAUCAUCUCAAAACCCUCUCUCCAUCAGCUGCCGACCUUGAAAUCCGCUCUCUCUCACCCACAUCUAAUGAAUUGAUCUACUUCGUCCACGCACUUACAUCUCGUCUUUCACAAAAGAGAGACUAUGAAUUAGUACAAGCAUGGAUGGCUGUAUUUUUGAAAUUACACAAUGAAGAAGUGGCCAGCAGUGAAGAAUUGAGAAAUGCAGUGAUGGAAUGGAGAGCACAACAGGAGAGCGAAGGAGCUCGAUUGGGAGAUUUGGUGGGCUGGUGUGGAGGUGUGGUGGGUUUUUUGAGAAGUCCUAGAACUUAG